AUGACGCUGGUAUUGCUCCCAGUGCUGGCCGGCCUCGCCUCGGCCCUCCGUCUCGAGGAGCCGAUCGUAAUACAGCGGCCGUUAGAGAAGGUUGAAUGGGGCGACGUCCUCCUUGAAUAUGACGCUACGCAACCGCCUCCCGGCAACGUUACGGUUACGGUAGAUCUGCGUGUCUUCCAUCACUCUCGGCCCUCCUCGGAAACCCUGAAAAUCUACAUGGAGCUGUCGGAGGAGUGGCAAGAUGGGCGACUAAUCUUUCAGCACAAUCCGGCUACCGUUACGCUACCCCGCGGCGUCGAAAUCUGGCGUCCUGAGACCUGGAUACGAGACGGAAUAGAGGAUAGAACGGAACGGGAGACGCUACGGAUACAUCCUAGGGACGCCGGGUCGACUACGCGAUGCGCCGCGUUGACGCUCCGCACC